CCAUCGCAGAUACACAACUUCCACCAUCGCCACCACUAUCUAUCCCCAGGAAGGGAUCAAGUCACCUGACACGUCAUUAUAUUCGAGUCCCUUCCACGACAUCGACCAGGUGAAACGAACGAAGAACCAUCACUGUCUUUUUCUGCCCCGAGUUUCCAGUGCAGAAGUUCACCAAACACUCGACCGGUUAUUAAAAAGAGAAAGGGAGAAAAAAAAAAAAAGGGGGAUUUAUACGUUCGACCAUGGAAAGAUGUAUUUUAAAAGGGCUCACUGUGAUCCUUGUUUGUCUACUGCUCCAGCUGGUCACACCAGUUCUCCUGAUUUCCUCGAAAACUGUUGCAACCUCCAAGCAGGCGUCCAUCACGAAUGGCUAUAGGAUCAGGACUUCAACACUGCCCCCUAAAUUCAAGCCUAGCAAACUUGUGGCCAAAUGCGGAUCAGUUUUCUACACCUCACGUCAGAAAAUCUGCUGUGGCAGCCGUUUAUUCAACCGGACAGGUUUCAAACCCAACUGCUGUGGUUCAAAACAGUACGAUGCCAUGUUUGACAUAUGCUGCAAGGAAAAUAUCAUCAAGAAAGUCCAUCAACCAUUAAAUUGCUGAUCCAGGGUUCACAUUUCACGUUGGUCCUCACCGACCCAUGUUCUUCUUAUUGUCAAUAAAAUU